AUGGCCGCACAAACAGCCUCACUCCCCUACCGCGGCGGCACCCCCUCCCGCCAACAAUCCCGCCAAAUGUCCAUCGACCCCCACAACGAGCUCCGCCCCGAGCUGAACCACUACAUCGGCAUCGACGUCGGCACCGGCAGCGCACGAGCAUGCAUCAUGAACGACAAGGGCGACAUUGUCGGCCUAGCAAGCGAGAACAUCGGCCUCUGGCAGCCAGAGACGGGAUACUACGAGCAGUCCACCACCAACAUCUGGAAGUGCAUCUGCUCGUCGAUCCAGCGGGCCAUGUCACAGCACAACGUCGAUCCCGGCACGAUCCGGGGGUUGGGGUUCGAUGCUACGUGCUCGUUGGCGGUGUUCAGCCAUGAUACUGAUGAGCCUGUGUCUGUGACCGGGCCGAAGUUUGAUAAUCACGAUGGUAAUGACAGGAAUAUCAUCCUCUGGCUGGACCACAGGCCGGUGGAGGAGACGAAGAAGAUCAAUGCUACGAACCACAACCUCUUGAGGUACGUGGGAGGGCAGAUGAGCAUCGAGAUGGAGAUCCCAAAAGUGCUGUGGUUGAAGAACAACAUGCCGAAGGAGCUGUUCGAUCGGUGCAAGUUCUACGAUUUGACGGAUGCUCUUACGCAUAUGGCUACUGGGAGCGAGACCAGGUCGUUCUGCUCCGUGGUCUGCAAGCAGGGAUAUGUUCCCGUGGGUGUUGAUGGAAGUGUGAAGGGAUGGCAGGAGGAUUUCCUGUCGGAAAUUGGCCUGCCAGAUCUGUGUGAAGACAACUUCAAGCGCAUGGGCGGAGUCAACGGGGUGAACGGCCGCUAUCUAACCGCCGGCGAGCUCAUCGGCACCCUCUCCGAGAAAGCCGCGUCCGACAUGGGCCUCCCUGCAGGCAUCGCAGUUGGCAGCGGUGUCAUCGAUGCCUACGCCGGCUGGAUCGGCACCGUCGGCGCCAAAGUCAAGCUCUCCGAAAACGAGCUCUCCAACACCCACCCCAAGAACGACGUCUCGCAAGCCUUCACCCGUCUCGCCGCCGUCGCAGGCACCAGCACCUGCCACCUCGCCAUGAGCGAGAAACCCGUCUUCGUCAACGGCGUCUGGGGCCCGUACCGCGACGUCCUGAUCCCCGACUACUGGCUCGCGGAAGGCGGUCAGAGCGCUACGGGCGAACUGCUCAAGCACGUCAUCGAAACGCACCCGGCCUGGCAAGAAGCCAUGUCCGUCGCCGAGACCUUCAACGCCAACAUCUACGACUACCUCAACGAGCACUUACGGGAGAUGCAAGAACGCGUCGACGCGCCCACCAUCUCCUACCUCGGUCGGCACUUCUUCUUCUACGGCGACUUGUUCGGCAACCGCUCGCCCGUCGCCGACCCCGACAUGCGCGGCUCCGUCGUCGGGCUGUCGUCCGACAAGAGCAUCGACGGCCUGGCGCUGUACUACUACGCGACGAUGGAGUUCAUCGCGCUGCAGACGCACCAGAUCAUCGAGGCCAUGAACGCCUCCGGCCACAUCAUCAGCUCCAUCUUCAUGUCCGGCUCGCAGUGCCAGAACAACGUGCUCAUGUCGCUGAUGGCGACCGCCUGCGACAUGCCGGUGCUGAUUCCGCGGUACGUGCAUGCUGCGGUGGUGCACGGGGCGGCGAUGCUGGGGGCCAAGGCGGCGAGCACGGAUAAGGAGGGGAAGAGCGAGGCGUUGUGGGACAUUAUGGAUCGAAUGAGUAAGCCGGGGAAGGCUGUUUACCCUGGUAAAGACCAAGGAGAGAAGAAGCUUCUUAAUGCGAAGUACCGUGUCUUCUUGGAACAAUGCAAGAGGCAGCAAGAGUGGCGGAAGGAUGUUGAUGAGGUGUGUGAGGGGUGGGGAAAGAAGUGA